AUGUCCGAAGUGCGCCCCACAAGCCUCAAAAGUGUUGCGCCCCAAGAGCAAAAUUUAGAAAAUUUGCAGAUAUGCGGUAUAGGGAGCAGCCGGGGUCCUAUCCGUACUGGUGCAGGGUGGUUCGUGGGUGAUGCGUGCUGCAAGAAUUGUUGUGGAGCAGGCAAGGGAAAUGCUACGCUUUGCAUCUUGAGUUUGGAGAUCUCUAUGUCCCUCGCUCGUUCCUUGUCUAAAUUCUCGCGUCCUCGUUUGAGUUUGAUGUUUGGCACGUCUUUGUCUGGUGUGCCCAUUGUCUGUGUUUUGCCUAAGGAUGCCCAUGGUUUGUUUGAUUUCGAGGUCGUUAUGGGAGGUGGUUUACGAAGUGCUGAUGUCGUCUUCGCUACUGACUUACUUCUCAGUCUAGUAGGCGUAGUUGACAAUAACGAGGUUUCAGUAGAAUCUGAGGAGGGAAUAUUGUCUACCAGUGUGAAGCAUGCUGGCGGCAGAGAAACACUAUGUCUCCUUGGUGUUGUUGGUGCUCCUUCCAAGGGAUUCGUUGGGGAAGAAGUAGGAGGAAGUACUGAUAGUGUGCCUCUUCGCUAUUCCUGCUUUAUUUCGUGGGUCACCUCCCCACUCUCAUCACCAUAUGUCCUAGCCAGCCUUGCGCUCGGGAAAGGACCCCAAGCCCCAAGACCCUGGAAUCUGCCAGACGAGUCCUUGUCUCCUCUAACUGUGUCAUCUGCUCUACUCUCCUAUCCUCUGCUAUCCCUCCUGACCUCAUCCUCCUCCUAUCCCUGUCCCCCCGGCCUUCACCUGAAGCUCCCCACUACAACGCCCCCUAACUCUCCUCGUCUUCAUGAAUACCUUCUGAGGCACGAUGACAACCCCUCCCCACUGCCCCAAAGCAACGAGCCCCUACCUACCAUGAAAGGCAACUGGUUCACACAAAAGGAGGCAAAGGCACCAGCCGCGCUCAUGUCUGUUUUUCAUAUUCUAGACUUGAAGAAGCAGCGUGCCCAGAUCGAAGUAGACAUGCUGUAUGAUGCAAUUGUACGUAUCGCCGAGCUCGAUGCCAUGGAUGAUGAUGGUACAUCUUUGGGAACAGCUGGGAUCCUUGAGUCACAUUUACCUGGUGAUCGGUUCAAUGAUUGGUUUUCGACCCCAUCCGCACCUUCCGAUACCUCUGACAUCCUAUAA